AUAGAAGAGACGAACAGGGCCAGCUCCUUCGUGGACGACUCGAGCCCUUAUUCUCGCGGCCCCAUCCUCAUAGCUUCCUAUCCUUCUUCGCCGGACGUCUCAACAUUCAUCGACGGCGAUCUUGGCUUCUGGCGAAGGGCUUGAGGGCUCUUCUUUGCUCGAGUUCCUCCCUGUUCGCCGGACAUUUCACUCUAGCACUCGGGACCCCCCAUCUUCCGAGCCUCCUCUUUCUCGAAGGCUCGAAGGCUCUUCUUUUCUCAACUUAUUGAACUUCCUGAAUGGAUUUGGCUUUCGUUCAUAAAGCGUGGGACAAGUGGGCAUCUAAUAAUGUUGGCUCUACAGGUAAACCACUGAAGGCUGCUUUGCUUAUUAACUAUGAUCCUACUGGACCAUCCCGCCUCCUGUCUACAAUCAUGGGAUUUGAAGCUUCGUUUGAUGCUUAUAGUGCAGAGCAAGAAGGGAUAAAGGCAGAUCCAAUUGAAUUGAGUCAAUUUGUUGAUCUUAUCAGAUGCAACAAACUCCAGAGUGAAUGCUUCUUCAUCGGACCAAACCAGUAUAUGGUUACAUCAAAUCACGAGUUCGGAUUUUGUGCAAGGUGUAUGAACUCAUCAAGGCCUGCAGCGGGUGGAGGUGCUAUCAUUAUGCAGACCACAGCAUUCCUCUUGGUUGCAUUCUAUGAGGGUUCUAUUGGUGCCGCAUCUCUUGCUAUGGCAGCUGCAGAUCAGUUCUCAUGGCAAUUAGGUCGGAAGAAUUUUUGACUUCAUACACCGUGAUGGCACAGUUUGCAAGUUUUCAGCAUUCACUCCUGGGGCUCUAAAUGUCUUGUUUGCAUUUUCUUAACAGAAACCUUUAUUAAGGUUCGAUGUGGUACAGGUCAAUUAACUUGUGCAAAGAAAUCUUGUUAUGAAAUUUAUUGAGCUGAACUUGCCACGGAUGCAACUGGGGUUUGAGAACUUUCCUCCUAAAUUUGAUCUCAGAAGACUAACUAACCCAGUUGAGCAUGGUAAAUUUAUUGUACAAUUCCACCAGUACUAGAAUCUAAAAAUGGAUAGUUUUGUGCGGGUUAGAUUUGUUCUGUUGUUUGCUCUUUCUGGGGCUUUCAGGUGUCUGAAUUCUGAGUUCAAGUCAAUUGGAGCAGCUGCCUGUAGCUACUACCUAGAUUAUUGUGAUUCCAAGUUCCUCUCA